AUGGAUGUACUCAAAGACACCGCUGAAUCCAUCAUCCUGAACCCGGAUCUCGCUCCUCUCCUUGCAAUCCUCAAAGCCGCUCGAAAUGGCGCCGUAUAUGGGGCCAAGGUCCGAUUCCCUCAUGCCCUUGUUAUGGUCUUUCUUUUUCGCUCGGGGUCAAUAAGAGAAAAAACACGAUUAGUCCUAAAAGCUACCAAACAACAUGCGAAGAACCUCGCUUCAUUUGCGGUAGUCUACAAGUCCGCCAUGUUGGUAUUAAGGCUUCUAAACCCCACAAACCCCGGGAAAGAAGGGCCAUACGAUACAUUCUUUGCUGGAUUGCUGGGCGGAUACACAGUCUUCGGUCGUGCGAAGCAGGGCAGUGUAAACCAACAAAUAGUCAUCUAUGUUUUCGCCAGAGUCAUGCUCGCUCUGGCGCGCCUUAGCAUCGAGGCCCCAGCCAUGACGAGUACAACGCCUACGCCGACAUUGUGGACGCAGAGACUAUCACCCGAGACAAAAGCUAUGGUCCAGAGAAACGCAUGGCCUGUGUUCGCCAGCUUUAGUUGGGCUUUUGUAAUGUACAUCUUCAGAUGGCAACCUGAAAGCAUUCAGCCCAGUUUGAGAAGCAGUAUGAAGUACAUAUAUGUCAAUUCGGAUUACUGGGACUCAUUGAAGAACUUCCUCAUCUACAACACAUAA